AUGAAAUUUGAAUCAAGAAUAGAGAGUCAGGAUUUCUACCUUACAAUAAUUGAUCUUCUCGACCCUUCCUGGUCAUUUCUUACUGGUCAUCAGAUAGAUGGAAGAAUUUUGUUUCCAGCAACAGGUUAUCUUUAUAACGCUUGGCAAAUGGUCUGUAGGGCUCUGAAUCUCGAACCUAACGAAAAUCCAGUUGAAUUUUAUCAAGUUCAAAUUCUUCGAGCAACACAAUUCACAUCAACUGCAAGUCAAAUGAAAUUUGUCACGAAAGUUAACGAAGAUCUUGAAACUUUCCUCAUCUACGUAAAUGAGAGUAAAAAUGUCUGUAUAACUGGAAAAUAUCGACUUGUGGAUAAACCGACAGUAAACUUGCUACCUGUUGAUUUUGAGAAUAUCAAAGAAAAAGAGAUUAUACUUCAAAAGAAGGAUAUUUACAAGGAACUUAGAACUCGUGGUUAUGAUUAUUCAGGAUCAUUCCAAGGUGUAGAAGAAGCUUCUUCUAAUGGAAGGUGGGGUAUGGUCAAAGACACUGGACAUUGGAUUAGCUUUUCUGAUGCUUGUUUACAGGUCUCGUUAUUGGCUUCGAAGUCCCGUAAGCUGAUUGUUCCUGUUUACAUUGAUUAUGUUUACAUGUUUCCACCUGAAACAUCCAGUGCCUUUAGCGAUGAAACUGUCAGAUCAGUUUCUGAUUCUAUUGAUACUAAAAAACUUAGUGUUUAUUUCAAUCAAGAAACGAGAAUGGGGCUCACGAGCGGUUUUAUUCUUAAAGGAUUAGAAGGCGAAGAAAUCAGAAGAAAGAUCAACACAGUGAACCACCAAAUACGAAACCAUAAACUAAUCCCAUUCAAUUCAUAUCAUAAGCUUAGCAAUGAAAAAGCAAUGAGACAACAAGAGUAUAGUUUUCAAUGCUCGAAAUUAGUUGAAAAUAUCGAGAGAUUGAAAUCAAGAAAGCUUGAUCAAAUAGAUUUUAAUGAUCUUAAGCCAGAGAUCAAUGAAAACGAUAGUUCUGACAAAGUUUUAAGACAAAUUUUAGAGUUAGAGGUACAACAAUGCAGAAGUCUAAUCGAUGGUGCAGAUUUCAACCCGAAUUUAGAUAAUGUUCUCAACCAAUAUCAAGAUGCUCUGUAUCGAGAUUUUUUCUUUUAUGAACCAGAAAAAUUUUUACUUGAACAAAUUCUGAGUAUUGCAAGAUACAAUUUAAUCAAGAAAAAAAUCUCCAUUGCAUUUUGUAAUUUCAAUCAAAAGCUAUUUGAAAACGAUGUUGAAAACAUUUUCAAUGAUUAUGGAUUCACAACGAUGAAUCAUUUUAUAAAGAGUGAUUCUGAUUCUAAUGUGGUCAAUAUUCAGAAUGGAAACACCGAAAGUGGCUCAGAAUCAAAGUUAUACGAUUUUAUCUUUAUUCGUGACAAGUCAACUCUUCUCAUGUACAAAGAUACCGAACCUGAAGUAAAAUGCAACCAAUACGACCCAUUGUUGAAGAAUCUAUUUGAUUCACUAAAAGAAGGUGGAUUUUGUCAAAUUAUGACAAGAACUAAAUUAAGACCAGUCGAACAAGAAUGGCAACAAUUGAUUGGAAAUAAUCAACAGAUCAACUUUGAUUUAUCAACACUAAAAAGUAACGCAACCGAUGCUGGAUUCACUUGGAUAUGUCACAAGGAGAUGGUCGAUGAAGGAUAUUGUUCAGUUCUACUGAGACGUCCAUUCGCACCUAAUCCCGAUCAACAGGUAACAUUUAUCAGAGUGAAACUUGAUAAUAAUUAUGAUUGGAUUGAUAAGAUAAAAGAAUUGUCUAAAGAUAAGAAUCAUAAAAUCUGGUUAACUGGAGGUGGUUAUGAUAACGGGAUAGUUGGACUCAUCAUGUGUCUGGUUAAAGAUCCACAUGGUUAUAAUUUGAGAUGUUAUUAUGAUCCGAAAAAAGAUGAUAAUGAAGAGAUAAUUGUUCCUGAUGAAGUAAUGGAAAGAGAUUUGAUAGUAAAUGAAGUUGAUGAAAAAACAAUGUCAUGUUAUGCUGAUAUUAAAACCAAAGGUGAUCUUUCAAGUUUGCGAUGGUUUCAAUCACAUCAUAGUAAUUGGACUCAUAUUCCUAAGGAGAAGCUCAUCGAAGAUCAUGAAAAGAUAACAAUCUAUUUUGGGUCUUUGAAUUUCAAAGAUGUUCUAAUUGUCACAGGAAGAAUUAAUUUACAAUUUAAUAUGGGCAACGACGGGUUACAAGCUGGUCCACUAAUUGGAACUGAGUUUUCUGGAAUAGAUUCAUUAGGUAAUCGAAUCAUGGGAAUGUGUGCAGCUGGAGGAAUCGGAACAUCUCUUUGCGUUGAAACUUAUUUAACAAAGAUUCCAGUUCCAGAAAAUUGGACAUUAGCCGAAGCUGCAACAGUUCCUGUUGUCUAUCUAACAGCUUAUUAUGGUUUAAUUUCUCGAGGAAAUUUACAAUCUGGUGAAAGUGUUUUAAUUCAUGCAGGUUCAGGAGGAGUUGGUCAAGCAGCUAUUUCGAUCUGUCUAUCAAGAGGCUGUCAAGUAUUUACUACAGUUGGAACACAAGAGAAACGGGAUUUCAUUAAGAAACGUUUCCCUUCAAUCAAUGAUGAUCAUAUUGGUGAUUCUCGAUCAACAUCAUUUGAAGAUAUGGUUAUGAAAAUGACCGAUGGUCGAGGAGUUGAUUUGGUUUUAAAUUCACUUUCUGAUGAUAAAUUAAAAGCUUCGAUCAGAUGCUUAUCAGAUUUCGGUCGCUUCAUCGAAAUUGGUAAAUAUGAUAUGAUCCAAAACACGAAAAUGGAUUCACAAUUCAUAGAUUUCAACAAAACGUUUCAUGCUUGUUGCUUGGCAUUUCUGCAAGAUGAUGUGUUCAUCAAGAUGAUUCCUGGUCGGAUACAAGUUUGGAAUGGUCUUAUUGAGAUGUUAAAAGAAGGAAUCAAAUCAGGCGAAGUUGUACCUCUAUCGACAACGAUAUUCCAAAUGAAUCAGCUGGAAGAGUCGUUUAGGUUUAUGGCAACAGGGAAACAUAUUGGUAAAGUUUUGAUUCAAAUGAGAAAUGAAUAUGAAGAUCCAAACAAAGUUGAACUUUAUCGUUCAAUUGGUCAAACAUUUUUCGAUCUUGAAAAAAGUUACAUAAUAACUGGUGGACUUGGAGGAUUAGGACUCGAACUUGCCUAUUGGAUGGUAUCAAGAGGAGCGACUAAUCUAGUUCUAACCUCACGUUCUGGAAUCAAGACAAAAUACCAAGAGUAUAUUUUAGAAAGAAUGAGAAACAAUAGUUACUCUCGAGUGAAUAUUAUUAUCUCUAAUGAAGAUUGUUCAACUUCAGAAUCAGCUGAGAGAUUAAUUAAUCAAGCACAAGAAUUGGGCCAAAUCGGUGGAGUAUUUCAUCUUUCUAUAGUUCUAAGAGAUGGACUUUUCGAAAAUCAAACAGCUGAAACAUUUGAUGAAGCUGUCAAACCAAAAGCUAUCGCUUGUCGUUAUUUGGACCAAUUAACUCGCUCUCUGCCCUACAAUAUUGAUUAUUUCGUAUGCUUUUCUUCAAUAGCUGUUGAGCUCGAAAGUAUUGCACAGACCAAUUAUUGUUUCGGUAAUGCAGCGAUGGAAAAUAUUUGUAGGAAAAGAAGAUUAGAUGGACUACAUGGUUUGGCUAUUCGAUGGGGAACAGUUGGUGAUGUUGGGAUAUUUACAGAGAUGAAUGUGCGAUCUAACGAGACGUUGAGCUCUCUUGAACCAAUUCGUUUGAAUUUAGUAUUGGAUUCAUUUGACAAAACUUUAAUGUCAUCCGAUGAUAGUUCACUUUUCACCAUAGUUUCAUUUUCUGAUAAAAAAAGUGCAUCAUCAAUAGGAAAUAGAAACUCAUUAAAACAGAGAAUCUUUCAUAUCCUUAGUGUUAAAGAUGCAACUAAAGUUGAUCCACAAUCAACUUUAUCUGAGCUUGGUAUUGAUUCAUUGAUGGCAGUUGAAAUCAAACAAGCUCUAGAUACUGAUUACGAUUAUUCAAUGACAACCAAUGAAAUUCGAGAACUGAAAGUUGGUGAAUUAGAUGAACUCGAAAAUAAAUUGAAAAAAUCAGAGAAGAAAAAAGUCAACUCCACUCAUUCAUUACCAAUAUACAGAAAUAUUUUCCAUGUUCAUACGCAAUUAUUUAUCCCAUUGAAUAGAAGUGAAUUUGGAUUACCAUACUUUUACUUCCCAGGUCAAUCGGGUCAAUUUGCUGUCGUAAUUCCAGUAUUUGAAUCAUUCUCAAAACCAGUGAUUGGCAUCAGUUGGACAAAAGACUGUCAGAAUCUCCAAUCAAUGGAUGAAGUUGUUAACUUUUAUGUGGACUCACUUAUAGCCAAAUAUCCAAACGAGAAAACAUUUAAUCUCAUUGGUUUCUGCUUCGGUGGAGUGAUAGCCUUCAAAGUGGCUAUUAGCUUACAAAAGAAAUUGGGCCAAGAUUCUGUUAAAACUCUCAUCAUUAUGGAUUCAUCCCCCGAAAUUGUAAACAGCAAAACGAGAAAUGUUUAUGAAGAAUAUGCAGGAAAAGAUGAAAGCACAAUAUUUAUAUGCUUUAUAUUUGAUUAUUUCUCACAGUAUAUGAGAAGUGAUGAAAAGAACGAAGUGAGAACAAAACUGUUAGAGCUCGAAACGAAGCAAGAAAAAUUAGAAUAUGCAACUGCAACUAUCAACAGGGUUGGAUCAUUUGAAUAUGAUGUUAACCAAAUAAGUGAUGCUAUUGAUCUUUUUGUAGAUAAGCCGAAAAAAGCUGCCGCUGUAAAAGUGGACGAAAAUUUCAACGGUGAAAUUGUUUUAAUUCGAGGAACAGAUUUACAUGAGUUUAAUGCAGAUUUCAAUCAUUUGGAAGAUUAUGGAUUAUCUAAAUAUACAAAUGGAGCUGUCACUGUUUUCAAAUUACCUGGACAACACGAUAACAUGAUUAUAGAGAAUUCGAAAGAAAUCACUGAGAUUCUUGAAGCGUUGGCAAUGAAAGCAUCUACUGGAUAA